CUAUUCAUGUCACUGUCCAGACGUCCUAUUGGUAAUGUGAUCUUUAGAGCCAAUUAUUCUUGUUCACAAGGGGGAAAAUGGAGCUUGUGGUCCUCUUAUUAAAUUCUUCUCCUUUUUCAUCUUUCUAUCAAAGGGUUGUGGUCUUCUUCCUGUUGACUGCUAGCUAGCUAGUUAGUUCCAUCGAUCCUUUCUUUUUCUCCUUGGUUGUCUUCCUUCGUUUUGCAAAAAUGGCAACAAGCAGAGCUGAGGGAAAGAGGAGCUUCAAGUACAAGGCAGUGGAGGAAGAGGAAGAGGAAGAGGAAGAGGAGGAGGACGAUGUUGGUGAUUUAGGAUUUGGAGAGGACGAGAAGAAGAAGCAGAGAGAAAUGAUGACUUCCUCUAGCAAGAGAGCUUAUGGCAGUGGAGGGUCAACGCCGGUCGUUGUUUGCCAGGUGGAGAAUUGCAAUGCUGAUUUCGCCGAUGCCAAGCCGUACCACCGGCGUCAUAAGGUCUGUGAACUUCAUGCUAAGGCUCCGGCUGUCCAUCUUCAUGGUCUCCAGAAAAGGUUUUGCCAGCAAUGUAGCAGGUUCCAUUUGUUAUUGGAGUUUGAUGAAAACAAGAGGAGUUGUCGGAAACGGCUAGCCGGACACAAUGAGAGGCGACGGAAAAGUUCUUCUGAUGUCCAUGGAGAAGGCUCACAUUAAAAAGGAUUAUUAACUGUAGGCUGCAAGAUCAGAGGUAUAACGUGGCAAGCCUUCAUAUGAACAAUUUAUCUGGCAUGUCUUGAUAAAUAAGUUUGCAAUUAGAAUCUUUCCACAAUGCUGCAUCGCUUCUAGUGUUGUCAAAUGCAGAGGAUUUUCUCACACCUUCAGUUUUUAUGGUUUUGAUGGACAAUCAAAGGGGCCACUGCAUCUCCUUGACUUAUAGAAACCAUAGAGUCUGUGCCAUGAACUUGCAUCCUGCACUGAAGAGCGGAGUGUCACGUGUAGCAUCAGAAACAACAGAGCAAAAAUGGAAAACAGCUAUCCGACGUAUAUACAAAUCCUCCGUUACCCUUUACCUUCACCAGCUCUGAUGGACACCACAAAACUGAUGAGAGCUCCACUGUUAAGCCGCAGAAGGAAUUUAUUACUUGGAGUCGUGGGU